AGUGUUACCCAUGCCUAUUACUAUUGAGUACGUGAAUCUUAUCGGGAAUAAUUAUCUGGAAUAAUCUCUAUUUGUAUUUUAUUUAGGAGAUUAAAGUAUAUAUAUAUACUUCAAAUAGGACUGCUUUUAACGAAAUAGUUGAAGAAAUGGAUGUGUGUAACGAAGUUCUAAAAAAAUUACGAUCUCUUAUGAAGCAAUGUGAGCCUCAUAAUUUACAGGCUUAUAUUAUUCCAACUGACGAUGCCCAUCAAAAUGAAUAUAUUUGCCAACACGAUGCGAGAAGGACUUUCGUAAGUGGUUUUGAUGGAUCGUCCGGAACAGCAGUAGUUACGCUAAACAGGGCUUUAAUGUGGACGGAUGGAAGAUACUACCAACAAGCAGAAAAACAGAUGAAUACAAACUGGGAACUUAUGAGGGAUGGUAUUCCGGAAACGCCAUCUGUUGGUAAAUGGCUCUCCAACAAUUUGCCUAAAGGAAGUGAUGUUGGAGUAGACCCGAAACUUAUUUCCUAUCGACAAUGGAAACCCAUUCAAAAGGAAUUGAUUAGUUCAGUCGGCUCAAAAUGGCUCCUCGACGAGUAUGGUCGCGCUGACCUGUCGAGUUUUUAUAAACCAAAUGUUAGAUUAAAAUACACAAAAAUGAUGUCGUUUCAUUAAAAAUAACAUACAGCUUUAAACUAAGCUUCAUUAAAUAUAAAUCAAAAUUUUGAAUCAAGGGAAUAUAAUACUAUUAAAUAAAAAUUACUUUCUUCAAGUAAUACACGUGGACAUAAAGAAAUAAAAUUGCGAUCAAAUGGAAAUGUGAAAGUGUACCGUUGACACGGUACUAUCGUAUGCACAUAUUAACUGUAUAAACAAGUGAACUAAGAAAAAUGUAUUACAAUAACUGUUUCACGGUGCGAAACAAGAAAUACAUAUUUUAAAGGAAUCAAUUUCCAAAAUUGGGAAAAUUUUCCAAUACGGAACGCGGCUAUUAAAAAAAAAAUAAGGGGGUUUAGAGCGGCUUUUUGUGAUUGUAAAUCUGAAAACCCCACCCUCAGGAGGCUUAUAGUUUUUAUGAAAAUUGAAUUUUAAGUGGCAAAAAAUGUCAACUUCAACCUCACUUUUUGCUUCGUAAACCAAUGCGGGUAAUGCGGGUGCUGCCACACAAACAAAAAAUGCCAAAAAAAAGCACUGAAAACGAGGAACAUUAAAAACGGGCAUUGUAAUUAAUUUUUUUUAAUUAAAUAUCGAUGUAUUGAUAAAAAAAAGUGAUUCAGUCUAAA